AUGCUGCGUCGCGUGUGGCAGCGCGCGUCGGCCUUGCAGCCUCGCGCGCGCCUCAAUUCUACGCCUCGCGACGCGAAUCGAACGCCAAAAUUACGCUAUAAGGAUAAAUACGUGAAUACGUUGCUGUCCCGUAAGACGACGCCCGACAGCUUCGUGUUCGCGUGUCGCGCGCUGCGCUGCAAGGACGAGAUCGCGCUGCUGGCGGCUACGGACCCGCGCGCGUGGAACGAGGCGCUGCAGCGGCGGCUCGAAGCGCGGGACGAGCGCGGCGCCGCGGAGCUGCUGGGGCUCGUGGCCAGCUUCGCCCCAGAGAACGCUAGCGAGCCCGUAUGGAUCGACCUCUUAUUUACGGUGUUGCAACAGCGGUCGUCCCGUGCGUUCCGUACGGCAGAGAUCCACGAGGUUCUGGGCCAACUCAAGAAAAGAUACGGCCCGCAGUUCGUGGCCCGGGUGCUGGUUGAAGUUGUCAACGGCUGCGCCAACAACAAGAUGCUAGCCGCGGCCCAAGAGCUGCUACUGUACCAGCAGAAACUAUGGUCCGAGAUUCGGAAGUCUUCGGAUUGCGGGGUGAGUCCCCACGAGCCAUUGAUGCCUCCUCCAGUGGUGGGGCAUUUAAUGGGCCAAAUGAUGGAGAACAAGCAGUUUAAGGAGGUGUUGCACCUGGGAAAUACGUAUAUCACCAAUCCGGAGUUUGACGCGGUUAGAGAUUUCCAGCAACAAGGGUUCCUGGAGCUGUUCGAGGCGAGUGGCAAGACGGAGCAAAGCGCGAGGAAAUUUUUACGCAGCUAUUUGGACUUCGUGGAUCGGAGCGUGACUCCAUGCGGUGGGGAUUUAGAGAAAAUCAACGCGUUGGUGCUGGAACGAGGCUUCGGAGCUGCCAUCCAGUGUUGCGUAACCACGCAGGAGUUUUCCCUGGCAUUGCACUGCUAUUCGACGAUGGAGAACACGCGCGAGAGGAUUAGGCUGCGUGUCGUGGAUGAGGUGCUCCCGGCCGAUGAGAACAUGUACGUGAACGUGAUGAAGGCGUGCAUGGCUCUCAAGGACUUCUCGACGCUGAAGGAGGCGUUCCGAGCGAUGGUUGCGCGUGGUGUGGCCCGCAGUGCUGGCUUCGGAUCCGCAAUCCGCUAUUGCCAUGAAAACUUGGACCCGAACUUCUUGGAAGAAGUGCUGGAGGAGGUGUUUACGACGGAGGAAGAACUCGCAGGCGCCUGGAUGCUGGAAGUGGAGAACUACAACGAUGCGCUGGGCUGCUAUGCGGCCACGAAGAAGUUUGAGCAGGCCAAGGAGCUCUUCUCGCAGAUGUUGAACAAUCCAUUCAUCCGGCCUGAUCACAUCACGAUGCUGGAGAUGGUGGAGAACCACCGGGACGCCUCAAUUGAGGAGAUUUAUAACCUGAUGGACGCAUUUCUCCAGUGGCAACUGGCGCCGAACCUCCAGGUGUUCACGUCAUUACUGUCUAUCUGCAUGCGCCGGCGUGAGCUAGGAGACGCUGCAGCACUCAUCAAUGCAAUGGAACAACAUGGCGUCGUGCUCGACGUCAAGGCGUAUACGUCGAUCGCGUUCAUCCAUGCGUCGCACGGCGACCUGAAGGCUGUGGUGGGCAUCCUGCGCGACAUGGCUAACCAGGGCAUUGCUACCGACACGGUAUUCUUCGACUAUGUCAUGAAUGCGCUGUACGGAUCGUGCGGAAUCGACAUGUGCUUCUCGCUGUUCCGUGAGCUGAGCCAAGAGAACUUGCCCAUUCCGGAGGGGCUGUACGUGGCGCUGGUGGAGUUAGGCACCCAGAUCGGACUGAUUGAGCGCACGCUGCACAUUGCGUACAACAUGGAGUGCGAAGGAUUCCAGCUCAUGUCGGACCAGCUUCACGAGCUGAUGAUGCGGUGUCACUCCGACGCCGAGAUCUCGGAGUUCCUACGGACCUUCUCUCUGCUGCAUCAGGGCACACAACCCGACACGCCGCGCUUUGAGGUGGAACUGUACGAAGACCUGAUCUCAAUGCUGACGCAGAACAGCCGCAAGAACGAUGUCGCCAAAGUGAUGGAGCUGGCCAAGGCUGCCGGGCAUAGCGACCUGAUUGUCUAG